AUGCCUCGCGUUGGUCCACUGCCUCCUCGCCGACAAGUCUACUGGUGGUCAGAGGCCAUCGCUGUAUUGCGUCGAGCGUGCAACGCAGCACGCCGCGAAGCCUACCGGCACCACCGGAGACGUGUCCGCGAUCCAGACCAGGACGAUCCACUUCGCGAAGCCUAUAAGGAGGCCAAAAAAGCUCUAAAGAUUGCCAUAGCCAGAGCUAAAGUGGAGGCGCGAAAAAAUCUGCUUGCCACGCUUACCAGUGAUCCAUGGGGACGGCCAUAUAAAGCGCUCUCAUUGGAACCGGCCGUGCUCGCUACGGUCGUCGCAGGUCUUUUUCCAGCGCGCGCAGAACAUACUCCACCAGUCAUGAGGCCCCACCCAGUGGCCUCGACAGCUGCACCUGAGCUUAUAUCAGAGGGUGAACUUGGAGCAGCCUAUCUAAGAAUGCGCCGGAAGAAUGUGGCCCCGGGUCCAGACGGACUCUCGGGAAAGGCAUGGGCGCUGGCCGAAGAGACCCUUGGGGGCAGAGUACAGCGGCUCUUUGACGCCUGUCUUGAGCAGGGGCGCUUUCCAGCGCAAUGGAAAUGUGGACGUUUGGUCCUAUUAAGGAAGGAGGGGCGACCACCAGACUCCCCUUCCGGGUACCGUCCUAUAAGACGGAGUCUGCACAUUUAUGCGGACUACCUGAGCAUUGGUUGGAUAGGUCGGGAUAAGGCUCAGCUACACCUCGGUGUGACAUGUUACGCCGACGACACUCUCGUGACGGCCCGCGGGGAUGAUAUCCGAGAGGCGGUACGACGCGCUACGGCCGGUGUAGCGAUCGUGGUCCGCAGAAUACGCGAACUAGGAUUAGAAGUGGCGCUCGAGAAAUCUGAAGCUCUGUGUUUCCAUGGGCCUCGGCAGGCGCCACCAGCUGGGACCCAUCUCCUCGUUGGAGGCACUACCAUCCCAGUUGGGAAGUCCCUACGUUACCUGGGGCUCCAAUUGGAUGGACAAUGGACGUUCGACGAGCAUUUGGGUUUAGAGCCGAAAGAGGGACGGCAGGCUCUUGUACACCACGGCGUCCCGUUAUACCUCCAAAACGUAGUGGCCGACUAUCUGGCCAACCGAGAGGUUACUCUGGAAGGGAAAGAUGGGCGAGUUCUCCGCCAGAAAGCUUUGUGUGGAGUUCCACAGGGGUCGGUCCUUGGGCCUCUCCUGUGGAACCUGGGGUACGAUUGGGUCCUCCGCGGGCGUCUAAUUACGGGGGUCGGUGUGACAUGUUACGCCGACGACACUCUCGUGACGGCCCGCGGGGAUGAUAUCCGAGAGGCGGUACGACGCGCUACGGCCGGCGUAGCGAUCGUGGUCCGCAGAAUACGCGAACUAGGAUUAGAAGUGGCGCUCGAGAAAUCUGAAGCUCUGUGUUUCCAUGGGCCUCGGCAGGCGCCACCAGCUGGGACCCAUCUCGUCGUUGGAGGCACUACAAUCCCAGUUGGGAAGUCCCUACGUUACCUGGGGCUCCAAUUGGAUGGACAANAUUUUGAUGACUUUGUUUGUGUCAAUUUCUAA